CUAUAAGCAAGAAAACGUUCAACAAAAGUCCAGUAAAAACCAAAAUAAUACGCACUAAUCGCAAAAAAUUGCAAGUUGUUUAAUUUGUAAGCUCGAGAGAAAUUAAAUUGAAAUUACGUGGCGGUAGCCACUUGAGGAUAUACAACUGUUAAAGGGCAGCCAGCUAUUCCACCUGGCCGCACUUUUUGCACUUAUCACUGCGCAGUCACAAUUGCACAAAGAACGUCAAUAUUUGUAAAUCGAAUUAGCGAACGCUGCGCCCAGAAAGUUAAUUUUCCGCCGCAGAAUGGAUCAUCGUACUUUUCUGUCACUGGUCUUUGUGCUUAGCGGCACCUUCAACGUUCUGGUGGUGAAAUGGGCCAAUCAGCAGCAGGUGAUUGGCAGCGAUGGAAAACCCCAUGGAUUCCAGCAUCCAGUGGUCUUCACCCUGCUCAUGUUUUUGGGAGAAUUCCUUUGCUUUUUGGUCUUUAAAGUGAUUCGCCUGAUCUCGAAUCGUCGUGGGACCAUUUCUGAUCUGGAUAGCAUCCUGACGCCGGAUAGCACCGAAUUCAGCCCUUUGAGCAUGCUCCUGCCCACCGUGCUGGAUGCGGUCUCCUCUAUUCUUUUGUUUACCGGACUUUACUUGACUUACGCCAGCAGUUUUCAAAUGAUAAGGGGCGGCGCUCUGAUCUUCGUGGGUAUCUUCAGCACCAUGUUUUUAAACCACACACUCAGUUGUCGUCACUGGCUGGCCAUUUUUACCAUAUCCUGUGGUCUGCUAGACAUCAUCAGUCUGGAUGUUCAGCGCGUGGAAUAUGACCAGUUUACAUUGCCAUACACUGACAAAAAUUGCAUCCUGACCGGCGACUUGCUAAUUAUCAUAGCAGAGAUUUUGCACGGUCUACAGUAUGUUUACGAGGAGAAGCAGCUCAAGACCUCGAAUGUUGCGCCUUUGCAGGCCGCUGGUUGGCAAGGAAUCUUUGGCUUGAUCAUCACCUCGCUUCUGGCCGUUUGCUUGCACUUCUUGCCAAGCGUGAGUCCCUUUAACGGCAGCUCGCGUGCGGUCUUCGACGAUUGGAGCGAUCUCUUUGCGGGACUGCAGGGAAAUCCUUCCUUGAUUAUGGCCCUGAUCAGCUUCACGGUCUCUUGUGCCUUUUACAACUUUGUUGGCCUUUUCAUUGCGAUGUACUCUUCAAGUGCCAACCGCCUGCUGGCCGAUGGACUACGCGUAUACUUCAUCUGGGUGUUUGUAAUUAUGAACGAAUGGGAGUACAUUAACCUGGUCACGAUCAUGGGCUUCAUUAUCCUGCAAAUGGGCGUCAUCCUCUACCGGCAGGCUCUCUUUUUGGAUUGGUAUCGGACUGCAGUGGCUCGCUGGCACCGUGCUCGUUACGUGGACUUGAAUACGGAUAAUGCAACUGUUCCGAACAGCCGACCAGCAGAUGUGAUUUAAAGAAACUGAGGAGUAACAGGAGUGAAAGGAUUGUGAUAAGAGAGAUGGGCUGGAUAUCAACCUUGGGCUGAUUCUUGAAAAUUACAUACUGAUUAUAAGAGUUUAAAAUUUACAUCAUAUAAGCAAAUACACACAUUUAAUUUUUCUUGAACCUGUA